CCAAAAGCCCAACAUGCCAACGGAACUGGACUCAAAGGAUGGCAUCCUCAUCCGCAUCAUGACGGUGGCCGACUACCAGCCACUGAAGACCCUCAUGAGGGGCAAUUUCUUUAAAGGAGAGCCGCUCGGUGAGCUUUACGAAGAAGAAUGGGUCAAAGAAUACCACGAUGAGUUUUACCUUUCUAAAAUUAAGCAGGGCACCUGCUUGUUGGCUGUAGAUGAGAACAACGGCGGACGCAUUGUGGGCUACGUACUGGCACAUGCUCGGACCCCUGACGAUGAGGAAAAGGAGCGUAAGAGGGCCGCUGCCAGUGAGCCAAAUACAUGGGACGAUAUACUUGUGUUUCUGUCCAAAAUCGAUACCGAAGUCAAUCUCUUCAAACGUUAUGGAAUUUCCGAGCUGCUCUACUCCUAUAUAACCCAUGUGGUUGCCUCAAUGCGUGGCAAAGGGCUGGGCUCACGUUUGGCUGCCGCUCUGAUGGAAGUUGGUCGCAGCAAGGGAUUUUCCCUCAUUGCAGCACACUGCACUAGCUUCUACUCGGCCCGCCAGAUGGCAGCCUUGGGCAUGGAAUGCGUAUACUCGAUAGCCUAUGCCGAUUACAAGGACGCUAGUGGCCAAGUUGUGUUCAAACCAGUUGCACCCCACACACAUUUACGUCUUAUGGUCAUCAAACUAUAAAUUGUGCUGUUGUUAUUAUGUAAAUGAAGCAAUAUUUGAUAUUUACUUGCAAA